GUGAUGUUACUUGGAGACUCGGGCGUGGGGAAAACCUGCUUCCUGCUCCGCUUCAAAGACGGGGCCUUUCUCUCCGGGACGUUCAUAGCCACCGUGGGCAUAGAUUUCCGGAACAAAGUGGUGGCUGUGGAUGGUGUGAAGGUGAAGUUGCAGAUCUGGGACACGGCAGGACAGGAGCGUUUCCGCAGCGUCACCCAUGCCUACUACAGAGAUGCCCAAGCCCUGCUCCUGCUCUAUGAUAUCACCAGCAAAAUGUCCUUUGACAACAUCCGCGCCUGGCUGACGGAGAUCCAUGAGUACGCCCAGAAGGAUGUGGUCAUCAUGCUGCUGGGCAAUAAGGCUGAUGUGAGCAGCGAGAGGGGCGUUUCAGGGCUGGCCGCUGAUGGGGCCAUGCUGCCUUUGCAGGAGUAUGGGGUGCCUUUCAUGGAGACGAGUGCCAAGACGGGCAUGAACGUGGAGCUGGCCUUCCUUGCCAUUGCCAAGUGA